AUGAUGAGUAUGCGUUGUAAAAGUUCUCAACGAAUUUGGCAAUGUUUUCGACGAUUAUUUUUUCCCAUAGUCCUUUUAUGUUCAAUUGUAUAUAUUAUAAUUAAAACAUCAUCUUAUAAAAAAUUAAAUAAAUUAAAUAGUCACAAUGAUAUUUAUAAUAAAUGGAGUAAUUUAAUCAAAAAUGAAAAGAUUCUGAUACCAAUUAAUGUUAAUCAAUUAUAUAAUUAUCCUGUUGUAUGUGCAGGUGAUAAUGCUAUAAUUAAUUAUACAGAUCUUGUAAAUGACAUGUGGAAAAUAUGUCAAGUAAAUUUAACCGGUUAUUUAAGUAUCAUAACAAAAUUACCAGAUGAUUUUAUACCAAAUUCUCAUCUACAAAAAUAUAUCACAGAAUGGAAAUUACCGAUAAAUAAACAUGACUAUGAACAAUGUCAAUUUUUCUAUAAUGAAACAACAGCUAUUAUUAUUUCAUAUCGUGACAGAGAAAAAAAUUUACGUCUUCUACUCUAUAAUUUAAUACCGGUGAUUCAACGACAAAAAAUUGGAAAUUAUAAAAUAUUUAUUGUAGAACAACAGUCAAAAGGUCCAUUUAAUAAAGGUCGUUUAUACAAUAUUGGUUUUACUCACAUAAUGAAAACUUAUAAACCAACGUGCGUCAUAUUUCACGAUGUUGAUUUAAUUCCUGAAAACGAUCAAAAUUUAUAUUCAUGUGGGAUACCUUACAAAGAAAAAGAUCAACAAAAACAUUAUCAUUAUCCUAUUCAUAUGUCAGCACAAGUCAGAUCAAAUGUAAAUAAUUCUUAUACAUCAAUUUAUUCGUUUCUCGUCGGUGGAGUUUUAGCUAUACGACCAAAAACAUUUCGUUUACUAAAUGGUUAUUCGAAUAAAUAUUUUAAUUGGGGUGGAGAAGAUGAUGAUAUUGGAUUAAGAUUUUUAGCAAAAGAUUUUUGUGUAAGACGUCCAAAUGUUGGCUAUUAUUUAAUGAAUUCUCAUGGUAGGCAACCAUCAAAUAAAAAUCGAUUUAAAUUACUCUUUGAUACUGUACUUAGACAAGAUGAUGAUGGACUGAAUGAUAUUGAAAGUUUAGCAAUGGUAAUAGAAGAAAAUUCUUAUUCAUUAGUAACAUGGAUUACCGUAAAAUGGUUAGAUAAAGUCCAGUGA